AUGCAGUUUACCAAGUCCGUCCUGCUCCUCGCAGGCCUCGCUACCAGCACCUUCGCUGCCGCUCCCCGCCCCCAGGGCUUCGAGCGCCGCCAGGCCGCCGCCACCACCUCGGCUGCUUCUUCUGCUUCCUCUUCUUCAUCCGACUCCGCCUGGACCAGCCUCCCCGCCUCCGGCGCUGAAUCCACUGCCGGCUUCGGCGCUGUCACCGGCUCCUCCGGCAGCGACGUGACAUACUCCGGUAACGUCGGCAACCCCUACGGCUCCAACAUCAUUCAGGUCUCCGCCUCCGACGCCAACCAGUACAAGUACGUCGCCCAGUUCCAGGGUUCCAACACCGACGACUGGACCGUCGCUAUCUGGAACAAGUACAGCGCCGACGGCACCAUGAACGGCUGGUACGGCAACGCCUGCCAGACUUUCACUCUGUCUGCUGGGUCUACUGUCUACAUUGCCUUUGAUGAUGACUCCCAGGGUGGCUGGGCCGCUGCUGAGGGCUCCACUAUUCCCACUGAUUCUGACGGUGGCUACGCCUCUACCUGGGGUGAGUUCGACUUCGGCUCCACUACCAACAACGGCUGGUCUGGUUUCGAUGUCUCCGACAUCCAGGCUGCCAACGCUGGCUUCUCUGUCCAGGGUAUGGAGAUCUGCGAUGCUAUUGGUGGAACUUGCUCUUCUAUCACUACCGACGCUGGCUCUGUUAACAACGCCUACACCCCCGCUGAGACUGACUUGGGCGGUAUCGGUGGCAACCUGUCCUCCGGUGACGGUGUUCGCCUGGCUGUUACCAUUGACUACAGCGGCUAA